CUUAAGGAAACGAGGACGCCUCUGAAUUUUAUCAUGCAGUUCGUUGAAUCUUUCUCAUUUAUAUCAGUGACAACGUGUCAUAAAGUGAAAUGCAAAUAUGCCUCGCUUGUAUUGCAGAAUUGCAACAGAACCCCUACCUUAUCUACCAGAAUCCUUUGAAACAGCAGCACCACCCAACGUCCCAUUCUUCGAUUCGAUCUCAUUGUCAUUCCAUAAAGCCGCAUUCGAGUACAUCAGCCUUUACGUUCAAAGUGCUGUACAAAUCAAUCAACCAUGGAGGCCACGGCAGGAUAGUUCACGUCAAAGUCUGCGAGAUCUUCAUCUUCAAAACCCUCUGCAGCUUUCUUGUCGGCUGAAUGCCCAUGACGCUAUCGACACCAAGGUUCAAGAGAGCGGCGCCAGGAUUGACUUUGUCAACAUCGUCGAACUUCAUCAAAGACGCGAUGGCGGCACGGAUUUUGUCCGUCACCCAAGUUUUGAGCUCGGUAGUUGUAGUUGGACGACCAUCGGCAUCAGCACCAUCGCCGUCUUUUGUCUUCACCGGUGAUGACGGAUUGGUUUGUGAUUAUGUUGUGGCUACGGUGCGUCUGGGUGCAACUUCCUCGAGGAGCGAAAGAGGGAAGGCUUCGCCGUUCUCGAAAGCGAGCGCUCGGGUUACGACGGCGUGGUUAGUUUCGUAGUCGGACAUUUACUUCUAAGCCCGGAAUCCUUGUCAGCCGACAUAUCCGUGAUACCUUUGCUCUGGAGCUCAUUGGUGAUGAAACUCGAAGGGCACACCAAUCCCAAACCACGCCAGGCGGUGGAUUGAAACGCAAUGGCGUUGUCGCCUGCGUUCCUGCGCAAUG